AUGUUCAGCUCAACAACAAUGACAAAGAGCGAUCCAGCAUCAAUGACAAUAAGCAAGCUGACCCAGCGCAAGCACUCGCGUCGGUCGCACCAGAAGUCGCGAUUAGGCUGCAGCACCUGCAAACGACGACACAUUAAGUGUGAUGAAUUGUGGCCACAAUGUUCCAAUUGCAUGAACCACUCUGUCAUUUGCGAUUACUCUCUCUCAACGGACCCAAGCCGACCACCGCCAUCUGCAAGACCCGUUCAAUCUGAAUUAUCGGGAAGGUCGGAGCGUCUUUCCAACUGGAUCUUUGUCCCAUCGGAGUAUCAGGGCACAUUGAAACGCCCAAGUCCCGACUCUAUUUCCAGUUCGAUGACCUUGAGUUUAACUGGCACUCAAUCCCCUCCUCCAUCAUCAUCCACUUCCCUAUCUGCCUCUCUACUCUCGUCCAAGCCCAGUUCCACUCCUACAACAUUUGAUCUCCAGGACUUCACCCUCCACCACCACUAUCUUACCUCAACCUGUUACACUCUCGCCGAGGAUGACGGCAGUCUCCACUUCUGGCGUGAUGAAGCCCCUAAAUUGGCAAUCACGCAUCCCUUCAUUCUGCAUCUCAUCCUCGCGCUAGCUGGUCUACACAGAGCCAGAAAUACCUCCCACGGCACACUUCCUGAUCCAAAGGGAAAUGAGUCCUGGCUCGUGGAUAGAGCAGAUAUGCAUCUUUCUGUAGGGUUACGUGGGAUCGCAUCCCUCGUCGGGGAUAUAAACCCCGGAAACAUCCGUCCUGCGUGGGUGGGCGCUACGAUUCUAUGUUUUUUGCCUAUGGCGCGGGGUCCCCGACCGGGGGAAUAUUUGUUCUUCACCAUUGGUGAUCAUCAUGAAAACAUGGCGGAGUGGCCUUCUUUGGUGAGAGGUGUGAGGACGCUUUGUGGGAUAUCGAAGGAUCUCAAGUCUCGAGUAGAGAACUGUUGUUCAUCGCAAAUUUGUGGGGGAGGCAAGGCGUCCGGAAUUGAAUACCAGAGAACGCUAGAGAGGUUGAGACAGUGGGUGAUUCUUCAAAGCGAAAAGCAGGGCGAGGUGAAUGGCUGGACGAUGAAGCACUGUUAUGUUAAUGCGAUCGCUAUGUUGGAGCGGAUGUUCAGUGAGAUGUGCGGGGAAGGACACGAUGCAGGAUGUACGAUUGGCAGGCUGGCGAUGAUGGUUUAUGACUGGAUCUGUUGCUUUGAUCCUGGACUGAGUGAUUUCCAGAGGAGAGAGCCAGUGGCAUUGGUACUGCUGGCUUAUUUCCUGGUGAUUAUGAAGAUCCAUGAUGAGGUGUGGUUUGCUCGAGGGUGGGCUGAACAUAUCAUCGGGGGCAUUGAGGAAUGCUUGGGUAGGGAGGAUCGUCGGUGGCUACAAUGGCCGAUGGAGACCAUCUUUGGCCUGGAUGAUUGUGCAACCAAGAAGACACAGUCAUCCUAG